AGAUCUCAGUGAUCUGCGUUCACAGUUUUCAUAAUUUCUUACAAAUAGCUUUUUAUUUUAAUUCUAUGAUGCCACUUAUAGAGAAUCGAUAAUUUCAAUUUGUAAGUUCUGAGAGAAAUUACACAUUUCACCAAUUUUUAGCUGUUCAGAAUUACAAUUUGUGAAUUACUAAAAUGAAAUGAUUCGGGUAUUAACGUGGAACCAUUCGGCUUAGUUCGUGAACUAUCGUAACGUAUAUAUCAACGCGCGCUUGAAAUUUCACUAACAUUUUCAGAGGACGGUAAGAUGCAGACCCUCCCGUAUUUGUCAACAGUGCGAAAAUUAUAGCAGCGGAAAUAAAUCUAAUACGACAUGGAAGUAAGGCCCCAGGGAAGCUCAAGACUAUUUUUAACAAGUUCCGUGGAUAAUAAAGACGAUUUAGAAGAGAAACUCGAAAGAAGUUACCAAUUUCUCCAGAGUAUUGUCGCAGGAUUGAGUGAUAAAGAUGCACACGAAGCCCUUAAUAGAGCAUUGUCUAAAGAAAAAGGUUAUGAAGAUGUGUCACUUGGACUUCUGGUGUCAAUAUUAUCGGACCCACUUAGUGCUACAAAAAGUUAUAGGGACUUAACUUUGAUUACUCGUGACGGUUUUGGAUUGAUUUUAGUGAAUUUAACACAAUUAGUGGGGGAUAAAUAUUUAAAAUUCAACGAUGUGGUGAAAUCUCAACUAAUAUGGUUAGUGAGGGAAAUGAUAAAGAAUGCAGUGAAUGGUGUGGAUAAUUUGUGCUGGAAUUUGAUGAGACAUGCAGCUGGUGGUGACGUAUCUCCAAAAAAUCUUACGCUUACAGAAUCCUUACUAGAUGUUUUUAUCGAGUAUAGAGGAUGGUUAGAUAAAUUUCCAUUUUUAGUUGCUUCAGUUGUAUAUAAUUACCUAAGAUUGAUAGAAGACCAUAAUGCGCCUUCUCUGAUGAAUUUGAGGCACAAAGAAGUGGAAUUUAUUGUGAGUCUCAUGAGAGAUAAAUUUACAGAAUGUUUAGUGAUCGGAAGAGACCUAGUGAGAUUAUUACAGAACCUAGCUAGGAUACCAGAAAUCGAACAGUUAUGGAGAGAUAUUUUGUUAGCACCAAAAACGUUGAGUCCCAAUUUCUCAGGUAUCUUACAACUUCUACAAACAAGGACCUCGAGGAGGUUCUUACAGUCACGCUUAACUCCAGAGAUGGAAAAGAAAAUGGUAUUCUUAACCUCCCAAGUAAGAUUUGGGAAUCACAAACGAUAUCAAGACUGGUUUCAGCGUCAAUAUUUGGCCACCCCAGAAUCCCAGAGUCUCAGAUGUGAUAUUAUCCGAUUUAUAGUCGGUGUGAUACAUCCUACCAAUGAAUUGUUAUGUUCAGAUAUUAUUCCUAGAUGGGCAGUUAUUGGUUGGUUAUUGACGACUUGUACUUCAGCCGUAGCUAUGUCUAAUGCAAAAUUAGCUUUAUUUUACGACUGGCUCUUCUUUGACAGUGAGAAAGACAACAUAAUGAAUAUUGAACCGGCCAUUUUAGUUAUGUUUCAUUCGAUGCGUUCACAUCCUGCAGUUUCUGCAACUUUGUUAGAUUUUUUAUGUAGGAUCAUAAGUAAUUUUUACCCUCCGUUAACCGAUAAAGUGAGAGGCGGAAUUUUCUGCUCCCUAAGACAAAUUUUAGAUAAGAGAGUUCUUCCGUCAUUGUUGCCUCUGUUCGAUAAUCCGAAGUUAGACAGAGAUCUGCGGAUAAUGGUAAAAGAUACAUUCAAGGAAUUCUUCAGUUCACCAACACCGGAGACCUCUUCUAAACCUGACGACUUCAACAUGGGCAACCCGACCAAAUACGAAGAGAAUGAAAGUGAGCCAAGACCAAACCACAUGCACGUUAACCAUCUGCUGGACAACGAACCGGCUUUCAGUGACGAUGAAGACGAAUUGACCAUAGCCAUCAAUCCACCAGAAGAGGACACCGAUGAUGACGAUAUACCACUGUCGGAGGUGAGAUUAAAAAAGAUCGUUGAUAAGGAUGACAGUUUGAUUGAAGGACCGCUUGGUGAGACGUUGUCGAAGUUACAUCAAGAGUUGGACGUGUCUAAACGUUGUGCUGUGAUGGAGUCCCUAGUUAAACAAGUGAUCGACUUGGAUAGUGAAGACGAGAACCUGCCUUUGAUUGCUAGGUCUAUCUGUAACGCUAUCAAGGACGAUUUUCGGGAGGAAAUAUUACCUUCGGUUGUUACUAGUGAGGCUCUUUUGGACAGUAUUAAAUUACCUUUAUUUGUAAUAUACAAAACUUUAUACUCUUUCACAAAACAAGACGAUACGGGUAAGAGUACACUUUAUAAAUUGGUUGCGGAGAUGUCCAACCACCUCAACAACUUAGGUUACUUUUUACUGUAUUAUUUAAAAGUGCAAAUUCGGACAGAGAACAAAAAAGAAGAUCUAACAAAGGCUAGUGCGCUCAAGACAAGCGUGUACAAAGACUAUUGUCAGUGUAUCGAGAAAAAAUUGGAGUAUUGCUUGUUUCACGAUUUGAACAAUGCACACAUGACGAACAACAAGCUGAUGAUGUGGAUCGUGCCAGAUCUGUACAGGGACUUCAAACAGCAAACCAUCAACAAUGCCCAGAUACUCCAUGUCAUCCUGUCUGCAGUCGAUACCAGGCAGUUCCAAACGUUGGUCGGGAAGGUACUUCAAGGACAUCUGGUGAUGUUCAAGAGCGAAAACAUCCAGCCACUUCUGAAAGCCAGCCUGUCGUGGGAGAGCAUCGAGCAGUUCUUCUUCUGGCAGCUCAUAGACGCCCACAACAUCUCGGUGGACUUGGUGUUGCCCCUGAUCACCCACCUGGACUACGACCAACACUCUGAAGCCUUAACGGCCAUAAUGCUCAUGCUCAAACAGGAGAAACCGAACGCCGACUACAUCAAAUAUCUGUUUUCCAGAGACAUAAGUGACAACGGUGACCUUUUCAUUUUCACAAUAAUCAAAUAUUGGUGCGACGAGUAUAUCGACAAGGUGGCAGAACUGAUUUCUUCGUUGCUGAGCACCAGGUACCCCUCUACGUCUCCGAAUAAAAGAAAAAGAUCGGGAACAAAGACUAUUAGUGCUACAGUGCCGAGUUCGGAUCAUGUGCUUGGACAUUUAGAGCAACUGCGGAUAAUUUGCGAAAGACACGACUGUAUGGCCAUCUACACCUUGGACUCCAUGCAGAGGGCGCUGAACAUCGCCCAGUUGAACAGUACGGACAGUCAGAAGAGACAGUUUAGUGAAUUGUUCGCGUUGAUGGAGGAGGAAGAAGAGAUAAGUUCAACCAAAAGGACUCAUGGUAGGGGUAGGAAACCGGCUAACAAACCUGCGUUGAAGAGGCCCAUAACAAGGGAUCUCUCAGGCUCCUCGGACGAAAGUAGCGAGGAGGAGGAGAUCGUGAAGCCAAAGCAAGCGAAGAAAAGAAAAAAAGUAAUGUCGGACAGUGAUUGACCUGACCGCCACGCCGCAAUCGACACCCCCGAAUGGUACUUUUACCAACCCUCCGAGUUGACGAGGGACAAAAGAGACGAACGUCAUAUCAGCUUUAACCUAUGUGAUUCCCAACUUGCAAUUUACGCAUUGCAAAAGAGGUUAACAUUAUGAAGAAGAAAUUGAGAAACGGUGCGACAUGACUCACUGCCGUAAUUAUACGUGUAUUGGAUGGUCCUGGUGUGAUUUCUGGGGUAUUUGGGAGCAAAUUUUCAUGGCGUCGGUCAAUAAGAAAAUGUAUAAUUAAAAAAAAGUUAUUGGAAUAUGAUCUCAAACUGCUAGACCGAUCGGCGUCGUCGAAACAUCACUGUCAAGUCUUGACAUUGACAUUUCAGUCUUGUAGCGGGUGAAUUCCUAAUCUCCAACCAGUUGAACACCUCGUGGUUUGGCUAAGAAACUUUUUAAAUUUCGAUUUUCACUUCAAAAAUGUUCCAGUAUACUUAGUUCGUAUUACGAAAUGAACUGGACCAAAAUCUGUUUGUAAUUAUGCCUCAAUUUAGGGAGAACCUAAGUAUGCACUGGUACAUUUUUGCUAUCGACCUGUUGGAACAGACCUAAAAAUAACUCAACAUUUGUGGAAUCUUGAAGUUCAAUUAGUCUAUUCUGUACAUUUUCAACAGAAAACACCAGAACAGUCGAUGAUACUAAAGCUUUUUUCGAAUUUCACAACUGUGUUUCAGAAUUAAAUAUUCAUUAUUUCGGGAAGCCAUUUUUACAUGUGUUACAACAAAUCUAUCAUUAUUUUUUUCCAUUCGAUAAAUUGGAUGCUUUCUUCUUUGAAAUAGUUGUUGUUUCUUUCCUUCCCCUGAAAACAUCAAAAUAAAAUUUGUCCAAAAAGGCUAUUUAAUUAAAACGUAAACUUCUGAUGAGAAAUAUGAAGAAAUUUUUAUAGUUCGAUCUUCAUUGUAGCACUUUUGAUAUUCACUGGAGAGAAUUCAAGAAAUAUUGUUGGUAUUUCAUUAGUUUUUGAUUUCAUCUUUCACUUUUAUUUUUCUGUUUAGUGAGGGGUAUUUGAAAUUUCGUGUAAUCAUCAAACUACAGGAUAUUCCAAUUUGGCUGGGAAUAACUUAGUCUGAUUCAAUAUUUAAUUUUUAUUGUAAUAAAUGAAAUUUCGAUAUGAAAACAAUAAAUAUCAUCUUCUGAAAGAGAUGGUACAAUGUAUAUAAUGUAGAAUUUAAAAUACAGAUCAAAUUUGCUGCCCAACAUAACAAAUAAAUCAUCUGGGACCAGCCAGUUAGACAAAAUGAUGUUUUGGAAAAUGUACCUUAAUUUUGUUGGAAAUCAAUUUGUAAAAUUAAUUUUUUGAUUAUUUUGUUUUCAUUUUCCGACUAAGAUUCUUUCUGUAGUAUACAUUUUUAUUAUUUGUGUAUAUAUCUCUUGUUAUAAAGAUAGAUUCCCCUCCUUGUUAGUUUCUUUGGGAUAUUGUGAAAUACAUAAUGAAUUUUUAAGCAAAAGUGUAAAUUACUUAUAAUGUUUUAUUACAGAAGGAAGUGUAAAUAGAAAUUUGUAAAUAUAUUUAUAAAGUGCAAA